UUGACAUGAUUCUAACACUAAAUCAAAACUUAACAAAUCAUUAUUCAUUCUGUUGCAUCUUGCAAUGGCAUCAUCAUGUGUAGGAACUUUAUCAUCACUCAACUCCCCUCUACUUCUCUCACAAACCAAACAUUUAUCUGCUAGUGCUACUCCCAGGGUAAGUGUAACUUUGCCUUCAACAAAGAGAAGAUCAGUUGUAAGAGCAGCUGUUACAGAGAAACUUGGCAUCAAGAUUGAGAGGAACCCUCCUGAGUCCAAGCUCACUCAACUUGGUGUUAGGCAGUGGCCCAAAUGGGGAUGCCCUCCAAGCAAUUUUCCAUGGACAUAUGAAGCCAAAGAGACAUGCUAUCUUUUGGAAGGAAAAGUGAAGGUGACUCCUAGUGGGGCUAAUGAAGCAGUUGAAAUUGCUGCUGGUGAUUUGGUUGUGUUUCCUAAAGGGAUGAGUUGCACUUGGGAUGUUUCUGUUGGUGUGGAUAAGCACUAUAAAUUUGAAUAAAAAAUCUUACACACAGGGAAGCCUAAUACUGUAUAUGAAGAUGGAGGACUUUGGUUAAUUAAUUCAAUAAAUGGGUCAGAUUUUGUUUGUAAUGAUGUACUAUAUGGUAAAUGAACUUUGACUACUUCCAACAUAGUUUUUCACCUCGAUCAAAUUUAGUCUUGAUUUUGUA